AUGGCCACUGUGAACGAGAAGGGCGGUGACGGGGGCAUCGUUGAGCAACCGCAGCUGCAGGUGCAGCACCAAGAUGGACAUGGCGGGGUCCCGUUCUCGCAGACCAACUCUAUCGCGUCUUCGUUGACGCAUGUGCCGGAGAACGGCUCGUCACAUAAGAAGACACCCUCUGGCGAGCACCACGAACACAACAAACCCGGCCACGGCGAGAGCGCGUUCCCGGAAGAUAAAGAGGCUGAGGCCGUCGAGAAUUUGGAGGAGGAUUGGGAGUGUGAUCCUGAAAAUGCCAGGAACUGGCCCAGCAAACAGAAAUGGCUCGCUGUGUCCGUGGUCUCGUUCUAUACCUUUGUUUCGCCUUUGGCGUCGUCAAUGAUGGCACCCGGUAUGCCCGAGCUCGCCAUGAAAUAUGGGAUCACCAACAGCACAGUUGCUGCCCUCACUCUCAGUAUCUUCUUGCUCUCCUUCGCCAUCGCUCCUCUAAUCCUCGCCCCUCUAUCCGAGAUCUACGGUCGAACAUGGAUUCUCCACAUCGGCAACCUCUUCACCAUCGCGUUCAGCUUGGGCUGCGCGUUCGCACCCAACACCGGUGCCUUCGUCGCCUUCCGUUUCCUUUCCGGUAUCUCCGGAAGCGCGCCAAUCGCUUGUGGUGGUGGUUCAGUCGGAGACUUGUUCUCGGAGAAGGAUCGUGCUUCCGCUAUGGCUAUGUUUAGCUUGGGACCUCUGAUUGGCCCUGUCAUCGGACCUGUAGCUGGUGGCUUCAUCGCUCAAGGUGCCGGUAUCAAGUGGGUCUUCAUCGUCAUUGCAAUCGUCUGCGGUGUUGCAUCGGUAUAUGGCAUUCCCUUGCUUAAGGAGACCUACGCCCCCGUCAUUCGUUUCCGUCGUGCAAAGCGACGCGGACAACUUGACAAGGCCGCCGAGUUCUUCCCCCAUCUGCAAGCCUCCCAUGGAAACAAGAUGAAGCUUUUGUGGGAGAACUUGGCUCGACCCGUCCAGAUGCUUUACAAGAGCUUCAUCUGCUUCAUUCUGUCUGCUUACAUGGCUGUCAUGUACGGUAUCUUCUACCUUAUGUUCGCUACUUUUGCCGAAUUCUUCGCCACGACGUAUGGAUUCAAGGCCGGUGUCGGUGGUCUCGCGUACCUAGGUCUCGGUGUUGGCUUCAUGUCGGCUACUAUCUUUGGCGCCAAGUUCGCGGACACCAUUUACCACAAGCUCGCUGCUCGCAACGGUGGUGUUGGAACCCCUGAGAUGCGUAUUCCCGCCCUCUUCUUCGGCUCGUGGUUCGUCCCUGUGGGCAUCUUCUGGUAUGGCUGGUCUGCACAUGCAAAACUCCACUGGAUUAUGCCUAUUAUCGGCUCUGGAAUCUUUGCUUUCGGCAUGAUGACUACUUUCCUUCCUGCCCAACUAUAUCUUGUCGACUCCUUCCAGUUCGCCGCUAGCGCAGUCGCAGCAGCCUCGCUAUUCCGUUCUCUCUUCGGCUUUGCUUUCCCUCUGUUCGGAAAGCAGAUGUUCGAUGCUAUGGGCAUUGGCCCAGGAAACUCUCUCCUCGCUGGCCUUUCCAUCGUCCUCGGUAUCCCCUUCCCAGUAUUCCUCUACUUUAAGGGCGCCGAGCUGCGUGCAGCAAACCCCCUCACGAGAAAACCCAACGCAUGA